GAGCGCGCACGGCCCGGCCGCGGGACCCCCGAGCCUCCCCCCCUCCCCUCCCCGGGUCCCCGAGCUCCCGGCACCCCCGGGAUCCCCGGCCCGCAGCGGAGCGCGGCCCCCGGAGCCCCCGCGCCCCCGCCCAUGCCCCGCGGUUCUCCCCGGGACGCACGGGCGUAGCGGCCAGAGCCGGCUCCAGCCCGCGGCUCGCCAUGGCCAUGCCCCGCACGCUGGGGGAGCUGCAGCUGUACCGGGUGCUGCAACGCGCCAACCUGCUGGGCUACUACGAGACCUUCAUCCAGCAAGGGGGGGACGACGUGCAGCAGCUCUGCGAGGCGGGCGAGGAGGAGUUCCUGGAGAUCAUGGCGCUGGUGGGCAUGGCCACUAAGCCCCUGCACGUCCGCCGCCUCCAGAAGGCCCUGCGCGAGUGGGCCUCCAACCCGGGGCUCUUCAGCCAGCCCGUCUCGGCCGUGCCUGUCAGCAGCAUCCCCCUCUUCAAGCUCUCCGAGGCCGGCGGGCGCAAGUCGCUCAGCAACGGGCACGCCAGCCCCAGCGAGGCCACGGGCAAGGGGGGCAGCAGCACAGGGACACCCCCGGCCCGCAGCCCCACGGAGCCGGGGGAGAAGCUGUCGCCCUCGGCGGCCCCACCGUGGCCAGGGAGAAGCACCCCGGAGUCGGAGGGUGGCGGGGACGAGGAGCCGGGUGGCCCCCCCUUCUCCCCAGGCGGGAGCAGCGGCGAGCAGCCGGUGGGCGCCGAGGCGUUGGAGCCAGAGCUGGUGCAGACGGUGGCGGAGAGCGUGGAGCGGCUCCUGCAGAGCUGCCCCCGGGGCGGCGACGCCGAGCUGCGGGCGCUCAUGAAGCUCAACAAGAAGCUGGCCAAAGCCGUGGGGCACAUCUUCCAGCUGGAGGAUGGAGACCGGCACAAGGAGGAGGAGAUCCGUCGGCACAGUGCGAUCUAUGGUCGCGGCGAGGCCCGGCGCCGUGAGGGCAAGCAGCUCACCCUGCAUGAGCUGAUCAUCAACGAGGCGGCUGCCCAGUUCUGCCUGCGGGACAACUCGCUGCUGUUGCGGCGCGUCGAGCUCUUCUCGCUCUCGCGGCAGGUCGCACGAGAGAGCACCUACCUGUCCUCACUCAAGGUGGCCAGGACGCAGCCCGAGGAGAGCGGAGCCACCGUGGCCAAGCGGCUCAAGCAGGAGGUGGGCGAGCAGAGCCGCCCGGAGCCCCUGCAGCUUCCAGUGGGGCCAGAGCCCCACGCGGCCCCGUACCGUGCCAGCCUGGAGGAGGAUGCGGCCAGCCUCUCUGGGGAGAGCCUCGACAGCCACUUGCAGGCGGUAGCCUGUCCCCGGCUGACGCCGCCGCCCGGCGUGGCCCCUGACGUGCCCCUCGGCCUCCCCCCACACGGGCUCUGGAGCCGCCACAUCCUCCAGCAGACGCUGAUGGACGAGGGGCUGCGCCUGGCCCGCCUGGUCUCGCACGAGCGCGUGGGGCGGCUCAGCCCCUGCCUGCCAGGGAAGCCCCCGGGCCCAGAGUUCGAGGACGGGCUGGCAGAGCGGGGCCCCCCGCCUCCCCCCGAGCCCCCCCGUGGCACUAUCAAGGUGGAGCAGGAGACCAGCCGGCAGUGAGGCGCCCGGCGGGAGCCCCGCAGCCCCCCCGCCACCACUAACGAAGCAAUAAUGGGCAGGGGGCUGGGUGCCAGCAGUGCUGUGGGCGCAAGGUGCCGGAGGGGUCUCGGCCGCAGCCCCCCCCCCCAUAUCCCCGUCCCCUCCCGCACGGACGCUCUGGUUACCUCAGCCGCGGCGGGACGCUCCCCGCAGCAGCAAUACCCUCGCCCCCCGCCGCCCCCCCAGGGGCUGGGGCUGGGGCAGCCCGCGAUGGACUUGAGCCCGCUGUACAGACCCCACACAGGGCCCCCCCCGUACCCGCCUGCCACCGCCGCCGCGUGCUCCCACGUCAGCCCGGCCGCCCACAGCGGUGCCGGCGCGCGCAGCACCGCGCACCCCCGCAGCGCCCCCGCGCUCCAGCCGCCGGCGCCCCCGCAGCAAGCACGUGCGAGCACUCCGUGCGCACGCACUGCAAGCCUCCCCUUGCCCCCCCCCUGCAUG